UCCACAUUGAUAUUAGAAAUGACAAAGCCACAUAUCAUAUGUAUUCCCGUCCCAUUACAAGGCCACAUGACUCCCAUGAUGAAACUUGCAAAGCUCCUUCACUUUAAGGGCUUCCAUAUCUCUUUUGUCAACACACAUUACAACCAUAAUCGUUUGCUCCAAUCUCGUGGUCCUUCGUCUCUCGAUGGACUGCCCGAUUUUCGUUUCUACUCCAUCACCGAUGGCCUUCCACCAUGUGACGCCAAUGCCUCCCAGUCAAUCCCAGACCUUAGCAUAUCCCUUGGUAAGCAUAGUUUGGAACCCUUUUGUGAGCUCAUUACUAAGCUUAAUGAUUCCGGGGAGUCCAACGUGCCACCCGUGAGUUGUAUAAUUUCGGACGGAUGCAUGAGCUUUACGCUUAAAGCUGCCGAGAGAUUUGGAUUGCCGAAUGUGAUUUUCUGGACGCCAAGUGCUUGCGGGGUUUUGGCUUACACUCAUUAUCGUGAUCUUAUUCAAAGGGGCUAUACACCACUCAAAGAUUUGAGUGACAUAACGAACGGGUAUUUGGAAACGGUGUUGGAUUGGAUUCCCGGAAUGAAUAACAUUCGACUAAGGGACUUCCCAAGCUUCAUUCGCACCACGGACAUCAAUGACAUUAUGCUUAACUUUCUUAUCAAGGAGUCGGAUGCCAUCUCGAGUGGCUCAGCUAUCUUGCUAAACACAUUCGACGCGCUAGAGCAAGAAAGUGUCAACUCUUUACGUUCUCUGAACCCACAAAUUUUCACUAUAGGGCCGCUACAUAUGAUGCAAGAAGAUGUUCAAGAUGAGCGACUCAAACAUAUUGGGUCUAACCUAUGGGUAGAAGAUAUGAGUUGCAUUACUUGGCUCGACACAAAAGACCCUGGUUCAGUUGUUUACGUCAACUUUGGAAGUAUUACGGUCAUGACGAAAGAACAAUUAAUAGAGUUUGGAUGGGGUCUUGCCAAUAGCAAAAAGGAUUUCUUAUGGAUAGCUAGACCGGAUAUCGUAGGAGGAAAAGAGGCUAUGAUGCCCAAUGAGUUCGUCCAAGAGACCAAAGAGAGAGGCAUGGUUACUAGUUGGUGUCCUCAAGAACUGGUUUUGAAGCACCAAGCAAUUGGCGGAUUCUUGACGCAUAGUGGAUGGAACUCAACUAUCGAGAGCAUUAGCAAUGGCAUACCGAUGAUUUGCUGGCCAUUCUUUUCGGAGCAACAAACAAAUUGUCGAUAUAGUUGUGUAGAAUGGGGGAUUGGUAUGGAAAUCAAUCCAAAUGUGAACAGAGAAGAUGUUGAAGCUCUUGUGAGGGAAAUGAUGGAUGGAAAAAAGGGAAAGAUGAUGAACAAAAAGGCUUUUGAAUGGAAAAGGAAAGCUGAAGAAGCCGUCGCCAUUGGUGGAACGUCUUAUCGCAACUUUGAUAAACUAAUCAGCGAUGUUCUUUUGACCAAGUGAAUUAAUCAAGAUUGUGUUAUAGCUAAUACUGAAUAGUGUUCUGUUUAACUGUUUGAUCGUUUGUUUUCAUUUUUCAAUAAGGAUGUUUGUGCUAUAAACGUUACAAAGACUUUACUAUAUUUUUUUCUCUUUAAUAAUGGAUGUAAUUACAAGUUACAAUUGGGAUUACAAGCAUGAAUGUUCAACU